AUGCCGCGUAUUAAUGGCCACGCGCAGUCGUCGACGUCGCAGCGUAAGCGGUAUCUGUGCACGGUGUGCCAAAAGAUGUUUGCUCGGCCUUCGACCCUGGCAACUCACAUGCACUCGCAUACCGGCGAGAAACCCUAUGAGUGCACAUGGGAUAGCUGCGGUAAGCGGUUUUCGGUCAUGAGCAAUCUGCGUCGCCAUCAGCGUAUCCAUGAGCGGCAGAGAGCCAAG